GAGCUUAUUAAAGAUCACUCCAAGACAGCUAAGCCAUGGGAUCUUGUUCGAGUCGCUCAGAUGACGGCUUCAAAUCGGAGCAUCAACAGCAUGCCCCCAUGUGGGUGGUGAAGGUUGAGCAUCUUCUGAAGAUGAGGGAGAGAUUCCGGCCACAUCAAACCUUGAAGGCCGAAGGUCUUCUGGAAAAGUGGAGUCCGAAGAUGUUUACGAUCUUUGUCUCGCACCAGUGGCUGGGCCGCCAUCAUCCUGAUCCGAAUGGAGAGCAGCUGCGAGUGCUGCAAGGCUGCUUGAGCAACUUGAUUGCCAGGAAGCUCAAGAUCGAAACGGAUGUUCUGUUGCAAUGGAACGGUGGCAGACUGACCGAAGCAGAGCUCCGUCAAAUACGGGAUGCGUACCUUUGGUUAGAUUACUUCUGUGUGCCUCAGCUUGUGGACGACCAUGCAGAUGGACUGGCCGAAGAUCAGCUGCAAUAUGUUCACACUAUUCCCAGCUACGUGGACCAUUGCAAUCUUUUUCUGGCUUUGGUGCCAAAAGCUCGCCACGAAACAGGAUCACCAUGUUCCUUCCACAGUUGGCUUGCCAGGGGUUGGUGUCGUACAGAGCUUUGGUGCCAUUUCCUCUCCUCCAAGGUGCCUAUCGUGGCCGUGAAAAGCCAUGAUUUGGCGCAAUUCGUGAAACCUCAGUGGCAUCGUUACCCAGUACACUUGGGGGACUUUGGUGUGGAGAAGGAUCGCUCUUCCUGUAGAAGUGUUAUUCGAACAGCAUUGACCCAAUAUCUUGCCCAGCUGAGUCUCGCCAAGAACAAGACUGUCUACCGACUGUACUUAUCACUUUUUGAAGAUAUGACAGGUCUGGCCAGCGAGCUUCGCAGCGUUGAGGAGUUCCUAAUGGAUUUUUCCUUUUCGAAGCCUCUCAACCAGCACCGCGGCCUUGGCCCAGUGGCUUGCGCGGCUCUGUCCGGAGAUGUCGAACUCAUUCGCAACCUUGUCAUGGCCAAGGCCUCCCUUCAGAGCCAUAUGCCAGGUUUGCCCGAGGUCAUGAACCUUCCAGACUUCACGCCAGUGCAUUUGGCUGUGUGGUUCAGAAGCCAGGACCUACGCAUCUUGGAGACACUCUUGGACUUGCGCGCUGACCCCAACAGCUGCACCUUGAAUGUAGAUCCACCCCUUGGCUUUUGCCGCACAGCUGGAGCUGUGGAGCUUUUGGUUCGGCAUAAGGCAGGAGUGAAUCUUCAGGGAAAGACCUUGGGACAACUGUGCCCCAUCCACAGUGUGGCUGCCUUUGGAGCUCCAUGCGAAGUGCUGGCCACCCUGCUGGAGCUUCGAGCGGAUGUGACGGGCGGUAGGGGAGGGUUUGCAAGUGCCUCGCCUUUGCAUUUUAUUGCAUUCUGUGGUGACUCCCCGAAUGAGCUCAGGUCAGCCCAGCUGUUGCUGGAGAGCAGGGCAGACAUGAACCAAGUUUGCCAACCGGAAGGCCUUUUAGCAAGGAGCGUCCAAUGGAUCUCUCAGGCCUACAGCAAGUGUUGCAGCAAGCCGAGUGCAGUUGUGAGAUGGCUUCGGGAUGUGAGCAGCACGCCUUUGGGCUGGUGCGUGACUUUUGAGAACGAAGACUAUUUGGCUUUCUUGCUCCGUGCAGGAGCAGACCCAGAAGUGCGGAAUAGCAGGGGUCUUCGACCGAUUGACAUGGCGGGUGCUGAGAGAAUCCGAAGGAUUUUUCAAAACCCUACACCACAUGUUUACCUCCUAGAGGACAACUCUGAGCUGGUCAUCGAACGUUUGUGACCCAAAAUGCUUCUUCGUUGGCCCUGGUCUACACAGAUUUACUCGAGUGUGACCUGUCCUCUUUGAGCCAAUGUGCCGAACGAACAGGAUCUAAGAAAGAGGUACCCACCCAGAGCACCUGGCAAAUGCAACAGC